AUGGAUCAAGAAGCAAUACCUUUGGCUUAUCAUAUAAUUGCUGGUAUAAUUGAUGUAAACGGAGUAGUGUGUAAUCUAUUCACGCUAAUAUUUAUAUCAUUCACACGAUUAGGUUCAAGAACUGCUACAAUACUAUUUCGUACACAGUGUAUUUUUGAUGGAUUAACAUGCCUAUUUGCAGCUAUCUCAUUAUUUAGUCCUGUACAUAUAGAUAAUUUCACUGGUUGGUUUGCUUCAUUCAUUUGUCAUUUUUGGUUGUCUGAAUAUUUUUUAAAAUUUAUGGAAUUAUUAAAUGUCUCCAAUCUGAUGUGGAUUGCUAUUGAUCGUUUCAGUGCUGUUUAUCUAGGGUCUAGAUAUAAAGCUUUUCAAAAAUAUGAACCUUUUCUAUGCUAUACAUUUAUCUUAUUUCAUGCAAUCAUUUCACCGUUACCAGUAAUUUUUGCAGUGGAUUAUAACAAUGGAAUUUGUGAAGAAGCACGACUAAUAUAUAAUACAUCAUUCGAUCAAUUUACAGUUUAUUCAUGGUUAAUUUUGGCUUAUUUAAUCCCAUCAAUAAUAAUGAUCACUUGUUAUUCUCGUGUAUAUUAUUUUAUUAAACAAUCAUUAGAAAAUUCACAGUCUCAAAAACACUCAACAUGUUCAGUUGAUGUGACUAAGUCAGAUUUGAAUGAAAGACGGACAACUGGACAACAGGUGUCCUCGAUAACACUGUCAGCAUCAAUUUCAACAUCAGCCCUAGAGCCAACAUCAUUUUCAUCUAUUCGUAAGAUGAAAUCAAUUCUACUUAGUAUUACACUUAUGUGUACAUUAUUUGUUUUAAGUCAUUCAUAUUAUCAUAUUUAUUCAUUAGCAAGUUUAUAUGGUGCUGUACAAUAUCAAAGUAUUUCAAUACAAAGACGUCUGUCGAUAUUUUUCACUGUAAUUAAAAGUUCACUUAAUCCAAUCAUUUUAGUUGUUUCAAGUCAACAUUUAAGAAAAAAAAUUGUUAAACUUUAUUAUCAGUUAAGUUAUAGAAUUAAAUAUUCACGAAAUUCACAUCCACCACCGAAUAUUACUGAAGCAAGUACAAAAACUAGUGAUGAUUAUUGA